AUGCACAUAACACAUUGUGACAUCACACAAGUGGGAGGAGCCAACCCCAAUAAAAGAGGCUCGGCCCGGGAGAGGGGACCAUUUGUUCCUGAGCACCGCGAAGGACCUUCAAAAUGUUCCUCAUUGAAAAUAAUCCGCAACUCUUUAUCAGAAUUCCGGGUUUCGGGUGGGGAAGGGAUAGAACCUCAGUUGGUGUUUUUACUGCCAUCUGUGAUUUGGUUCAAAGCGAUUUAUUACCAGAGAGGAGAGGAGAUUUUAGGAGAGGAGUUUUUAGUAGAGGAGAUUUUAGGAGAGGAGAUUUUAGGAGAGGAGAUUUUAGUAGAGGAGAUUUUAGGAGAGGAGAUUUUAGGAGAGGAGAUUUUAGGAGAGGAGUUUUUAGGAGAGGAGAUUUUAGGAGAGGAGAUUUUAGGAGAGGAGAUUUUAGGCUCGAGGAUGAGUUUACCGAGAGCAGAGAUGGGAGAGUUCUCAGAAGUAGUGAUGGGAAUGAGAAUGGAGGCGGAAAGAAAGGCGAAGGAGAGGAGAGAAUUCCUGAACAAAGCUAAAGAAACCAUGGCGGAAAUUAAGAGAAUAACGGAGGAGGAAUGGAGGAAAUUCCGUGCAAUGAAAGCAGACUGGGAGAAACAAGUAAAGCAGCUGAAGAGUGGAGAAGCCGAGAUGGAGGAGAAGAAAGUGGAGGAGAAAAAGGUGGAGAAAGAAGGAAGGCAGCUGACCAGAGAAAGGAAAAGAGAACUUCUACAGAAAGCUCGGGCAAGAAAAGCCGAGAUAGAGAAGAAGAAGGUGGAGGAGAGUAAGGUGGAGGAGAGUAAGGUGGAGGAGAAGAAGGAGAAGAAGGUGGAGGAGCAGACAGGCGGGGAGCUGAAGAAAGCAGAGGAGAGGAGAGGAGGAAAGAAGCAAAGACUUUUACAGAAAGCUUACGCAUUGAAAGCCGAGUGGGACAAAGAAGGAAAGCAGCUGACCAGAGAAAGGAAAAGAGAACUUCUACAGAAAGCUCGGGCAAGAAAAGCCGAGAUGGAAAGCCAACGAGACGAGGCCCAAAAGGAAAUGGGCCAUGAUGAAGGCGGAGACGGAGAGGUCCCGGCUAUGAAGACGGACACAUCCAUUGUCCAAAACAUGGAUGAUUAUGAUGACUCUGACCGCCAUGAUGCCAACUCCGAAGCCCGUAGCGUCUCAUCCAUCGAAAUGUAAGUAUCUUCAUUACAGUUUCCUGUGUACAAUGUAACAUAUUCAGUGAUGAUGGUAA